CAAAUACUGUAUAAACAGUUGUCAGCAAAAAGAGUGGCCAACAGGCCAUAAUGAAAAAGUAAAAUCAGCCACGCUCGCUUGCUGCUGACUCAGGCAAAAGCCAAAGCAAUCCAUUAGUCUGCCUCUCUGCGUUUGUGUGCAGAUAACCAAAUAACACAAAGAGCAAAAGCCGCAACAACAACAAACAGCGCAAUACUCAAAUUGGGGGAGAGCUUAUGGCAUAUGGUACGACGACAACAAACACCACCAAAGUCGUAGAUAAAAUAUUCUACAAACGGCCGGGUCGUGUACAUGUAGCAUUUACAUUCCCAUAAUUAUUUCCGGUGCCCCCCCAUACACCGGGCGUAUAUGUUGAGUGUGAGUUGCAGAUAAUGGUUGCACCAAAAUAUCAGCGUCUCAGCAACGGCGACGUUGGCAGCGGGAAUGAUGGCGAUAGCAACAUUGACGAGUUAGAGCUGAGCCAACACUUGUCGCACCAAAAUGCCACUAGCACCGCCAGUCAAGAGCAUCGCCAGUCGUCGUCGCAAGCGAACUUCAAAUACCCAACGGACUCUGCAUCCACACAGCAGCAGCAACAGCAGCCGCCACACGUGGGUAUGACGAGGCAAGCGGAUGCAAGAUUUAAGCAAAUGGCCAUGUGUUCACUGGUCAUUGUGCUAAUCUAUCUGGUGCUGUCCAUUGCGCUCACUUUCUAUCAGACGGACAUCAUUCGGGAUUACAGGUAUCCACUGUCGAUUGUCGUCUAUCAUCUGGUCUGGAAGUUUAUGCUUGCUGCCCUCGUGCGGAACAUCUUUAGGAUGCGCUGGGGCAAGGCUCGCGUCCAGCUUGAGUGGAGGGUGGCAUUGCGUAAAUUGGCGCCAGCUGGCAUUAGCAGCGGCAUUGAUAUCGGUUUCUCCAAUUGGGGCCUCGCCUUGGUGCCCAUUUCAUUGUACACAAUGACAAAAUCAUCGACCAUUGUCUUUAUACUACUAUUCGCCUUCAUUCUGGGACUGGAGCGAAAGAGCUGGUCACUGGUUCUUAUUGUGGGUUUGAUUGUAUUGGGGCUGUUCAUGUUCACAUACAAGUCGACACAGUUUAAAUCGCUCGGAUUCAUCUUUAUACUGUUUGCCUCGCUAUGCAGCGGAUUGCGCUGGAGUUUUGCCCAGUUGAUUAUGCAGAAAUACAAGCUGGGUCUCGACAAUCCCAUUGAUAUGAUCUAUCACAUGCAGCCCUGGAUGAUUACAGCCCUCCUACCACUAGUGUAUUUCAAUGAAGGUUCCAAACUGUACACAUUGAUGGGAAGUCUGAAUAGUUUCCCCAUCGAUCAUAUCGCUUGGGUUAUAGCCCGCAUUACACUGGGCGCAUAUAUUGCCUUCUUAAUGGAGGUCAGCGAAUUUAUGGUGUUGUGCAAGACGUCCAGCUUAACGCUGUCCAUAGCGGGCAUUUUUAAAGACAUUUGCCAGGUGGCGCUAGCGGUGGAACUCAAAGGCGACCAGCUCUCAUCUAUCAAUGUGGUCGGGCUGGCAGUGUGCCUGGUCGGCAUUGGCUUCCACUUGGUGCACAAAUACUCGAGCAUGGAGAAGAUGAGCAAGCAACAGUUGGCAACGCAAAUGGAGGGCGGUGGCGAGGACAUGGACACCGAGUAUGACUUCAAUAACAAGACCAAUGCUGGCAAUUCAACUGGCUCGCAUGCCACGCUCACUGUGCCGCUACUAGAACAGACCGACUCGGAGGACGAAUUGUCCAAUGGUAACACAAGCAAAGAGAACGCUUCGGAUGUCAUUUUCGAUGUGCUCAAGCGACGCGACAUGCAGCGAUGAAGUUUGGACAUGUUUAGUUUCAUGCACGAAUUUGAUUUAAUUUAUGUUUAUCCUGGGGAACAGCCGGACAAUUGUGAUCAGGAUCGACUGUUUGACCCUCUUGUAAAUGUUGUAAAUUCUGAAGCAUUCAGCAUUCCACUUCAUUCUUGCUCUAUACGCAUAUGUAAAUUAAUCAACAAGUCAGUUAGCUUUUGGCAUUGGAUUGCAUUUAAAUGCCCUUGUAGUUCAUAUAAUUUUGUACAUAUGUAAAUCAGACUUAUCUUACCAUAAUCGAUUUGUCCGUUUGCCUUUGCCUUUGCCGAAAGUUGCAUUAACGUAAUUUGAUAUACAUUUCUGAUUCCGUAUCUAAACUAAACUAAACCCCCAAAUCCGUUGCCAUAAGAACAAAAGUUUGAAAUAAUAAUUGAAUUAUCUACAAGGGUAUUCCCAGUUCGGUGUGCCGGAUAUUUUUUAAAAAAAUUAUAAUUGCUUUUUGAGUUACCACAUUCCCCAGUCAUUUUUUUGUAUCCUAUUCUCGACUUAGAAAAACGAUGAAGCAGCUUAUAGGUUUAGGUGUUAUUAAAUUUGUUUAUUGGACAAUUGUGCAUAUUUUUUGAAUAGACGAUCUUAUAAGUUCCAGCGAAAACUGGCUCAACUACUACAGCUAUAACAAAUACGAUAACUAUAACUAUAAAUGUAUGUCAAUAAAAGAGUAACAACUAUAAA